AUGACCCAACCACGCACCCUCCUCCAACAAACCGCCACCUCCAAAACCCUCGCUCUAACAACCUCCCCACCCCCAACCCCCUCCCACCCAACCGACCACCUAAUACAAGUAAAAGCAUGCAGUCCCUGCUCCGGUGAACUCCUCUGGCCAGCAAACUUCCCCCCACCAACGCCCCGCACCCUAAUUCCCUGCCCAGACAUGGCAGGAACAGUCAUCUCCGCUCCACCCGACUCACCCUUCAAAGUCGGCGACGCAGUCUACGCCCGGACAAACUACACCCGUCCCGGGAAUGCGCGCGACUACACCAUCGCCGUCACGGAUGAACUCGCGCUUAUACCCAAGGGUCUGAGCUGGGUGCAGGCUGCUGCGGUUCCUGUUUCUGCGGAGACGGCCUGGCAGAUUCUGUUUGUGCAUGGGGUUAAUAGUGAUGGUGAGGGUGGCGGGGAGGUGGAUUGGGAGACUGCGAGGCGGUUCUGGGGCGGGAAGAGAGUGCUUGUUACUGCUGCUUCUGGGGGGGUUGGGAUGUGGGUUGUGCAGUUGGCUGUGUUGCUUGGGGCGGAGGUUGUUGGGACUUGUGGGAGUGGGAAUCUGGAGUUUGUGAGGUCUCUGGGGGCCAUGGCGCUUGAUUAUCGGGUUGUGGAUUUGAAGGACUGGGCUGGCAGUGAGAGGAAGGUGGAUGUGGUUGUUGAUUGUGUUGGGGGGAGGGCUCUAGGCGAUGCUUGGUGGACUGUUAGGGAUGGGGGUGUUGUGCUGAGUAUUUUUCAGCCGCCGUUGAUGGUUCGACCGGAGGGGAUUGAGGGGGAUGUCAAGGAUGUGUUUUUUGUUAUGCAGCCUGUGAGGAGGCAGUUGGAGGAGAUUACGAAGUUGAUCGAAAGGGGGAGUGUCGGGGGAUGGUGGAUAGUGUUUGGCCUCUUGAGCAGUAUGAAGAGGCAUUCAAGAGGCUGGAUGGGGGUCAUGCAAAGGGCAAAAUUGUUUUUGAUCUUUCACUGA